AAAUGGUAUUAAAUUGAUGUGGGUCAUGUCCAAUUGAAGUGGAUAGUUUUAAUAGACCACUUUCAUUUUGGAUUGUAAGUGUUAUGUAAAUCUCAGACUGGAUGGCUGAGUAGACCUCUGGACCCCCAGAGAAGAAACAGAGACCCGCUGAAGACAAAAGUGAGAUCCAUUAAACUAGACACAUGGAUGCUUGGUGCCUCAUUCAAACUCUUUCUUUCUGGAUUUGCAUGUCUUCUUCAAGCUGCGCAGCAGUGAUUCCCUUUGGAUACAGAAAUGCUUCAGUGCUCCCUGCGUCUGCAGAAGUACGCACUGAAUAUUAUGAGGUUGGCAAAGAGGUCAGCUUAAGUUGCAACAAUGUGACAUGGACUAAUGCGCUCUACUACAUCUGGAAUAUAAACACCACCAGUGGAGUCCAAUGUUUUAUGAGUGAAGGAGCCAAUAAGCGGAGUUACAACAACUGCACAGGGGGAAAGAUGCUCCUAAACACCACAGGAGGAGAGACCUACCUCUACAUUCCCUCAUUUGCACUGACAGAUGAGGGCAUGUACACGUGUGAAACAGCAUACAGAGGUGGAGCCUACAAAGCCAUCAUUGCAGUUGGUGUUAAAGUGCACCCUGUCCUCUUCGGGAGGCUGGAGCACGUUGAAGGCCUGUUGUUUGCAGUCUGCUCUGCUGUGGUGAGGAGUUCAGAGAAGGCUCCAGUGCUGCUGUGGAAGGGGAUGUGGAGCUCCCUGGAGGUCAGGCAGAGGUCAACCACCAACACAGAUGGAACCAUCACCAUAGAGAGCUGGCUUGCCCUGCCUGAUGAUGCCCUGCUUGACCUGACCUGUGUGGCCAAUCACCCCUCCUGGACCCAGGAGGCGUCUGUUACCAUAGAUACUAUUAAAGAGCCAUCUGCUGAACCGCGGGCUGCUGAACUGAAACUUAUAAUAACCAUGCUGUCUGUCAUUAUAUUCUCUUCUGUCAUCAUAACUACACUCUGCACAUACAUGUAUCUUCAAAGAAAAAGUAAAAGGAAAAUAAGGAUCCCAAAAUAUCCUCAAUGAUUUUUCCAUACUUUUGACAAUGGGUGCAUUAGACAUGACUUAACAUGAAGUGACAGUCAUAUAAAAACUGCAGUUAUAGACUUUUGCAGUAAUAAUAGAGGUCAACUAGCCUGGUGAUGCCAUCCUAUGUACUUCCACCCAAAGAUUUUAGCUCCGCUCAUAGUCUGGCGAAACCCACCUAGCUCGGUUCGCUCACUGUUCUGCCAAUCAGCCAACAGUUGAGAGUGGUGAUGCAGAACUCAGCCGCGGAGUCCGUUACUGAUUGGUUAAGGAAACACUAUUCACACUUUUGUCUUCAUAUUUGUACACUUUUGCAAUACUAUGGUCGUAGCAGUCUUGCUAAUAAAGCACAAUUU